UCGGCACUAGGCACCAGGUACCCACAGCGUGCAUACACGCGCUCCUAUAUGAAUGGAGUUUUGGCAUUUCUUCUGCCUCGGAACGUUGACCUUGUUCUUCUUUCUUGGGAGGAUUGAAUUUGAAACCCUAGCCAAGAAGAAAGCCGCUGUAAUGUUUGUCUGUCUUCCCAUUUCUCUCUGCAACCAAAUCCUCCAUUCCUACCUUCUAUAAUCCUUGCUUUACCUGAUAAAAAACGUUUCUUUUUUCUUCCCUUUUUAGAUAAAACACAUAAGAGAUUGGAGAUUGAACGCUAAUCUCUCUCUGCGUCACUUCUGUCGUAUUCUGGUUAUAGAGAGACAAAAAAAAAACAGAUUUUUCUUUUGUUUUCGUAUUGUGGUUUGUUUGGGCUCUUGUUUUCAAUUAUUAUAGCUAUAUGAUUUUUUAUUGUAUUGUUUUCCCCCUCCCGCUUUCAUGGUCGUUUGAUGGUUAUAAAGAGUGUUUUGAUUGAUAUUUAAUCAGAGUUUGCACUUAAAGAGCUUUGAUUUUUAAAGGGUUUCUUUUAUCUAUUCAUUUAUCUUAGAAUCUAUCAAAUGGGAAAGCCAAUUGGGAAAAAGAAGAACCCGGAUUCACCCAGAACCGGUGACGCAAAUAGUAAGCAGAGCAAACUCAUGACGGAUCGGACAUCGAAGGCUUUCGAUGAAGACACAGCAAUUUUUAUCAACAUGGCGCAAGACCUCAAAGAAGAAGGGAACAAACUCUUUCAGAAGCGCGACCACGAAGGUGCCAUGUUAAAGUACGAAAAAGCCGUCAAGUUACUUCCCAAAAACCACAUCGAUGUCGCUUAUCUUCGAAGCAACAUGGCCGCUUGCUAUAUGCAAAUGGGUCUAGGUGAGUAUCCCCGAGCUAUCAACGAGUGUAAUUUAGCUUUAGAUGUUUCUCCCAAGUAUAGUAAAGCUUUGUUGAAAAGAGCUAAGUGUUAUGAGGCUUUGAAUAGACUGGAUCUGGCUUUGAGGGAUGUUAAUAAUGUUUUGAGUAUGGAACCCAAUAAUUUGACGGCGUUGGAAAUAAUGGAAAGCAUUAAAAAGGCUAUGACUGAGAAAGGUGUAAAUUUUGACGAGAAAUUAAUUGGUUUGGCUAAUGUCGAGCAGACUGGCGCCGCCCGUUUGCGUAAGGUGGUGGAGAAGGUAAAGAAGAAGAAGAAGAAGAAUGAUAAAUUGGUGAAGGGGAAAGCAGAUGAUGAGGAUAAGAUAGUUGUGGAGGACAAGAAGGUGAAUGCUGUUAUUAAGGACAAAGAGGUAGUAACUAAGACUAUUGAAGAAGAUAAAGUGCUUGCAAAGGAUGUCAAAGAGGAGAAAGUGCUUGCAAAGGAUGUCCAGGAGGAGAAAGUGCUUACAAAGGAUGUCAAAGAGGAGAAAGUGCGUAUGAAGGAUGUCAAAGACGAGAAGGUGAUUACCAAGACAGUGAAGUUGGUCUUUGGGGAGGAUAUCAGGUGGGCUCAGUUGCCUGUCAAUUGUAGUGUUGGACUGCUGAGGGAUAUAGUCAGAGAUAGGUAUCCCGGCUUGAAGGGUGUCCUUAUGAAAUAUAGGGAUGCAGAAGGAGAUUUGAUUACAAUAACUACUACAGAAGAGCUAAGGCUGGCAGAAUCAUCAAGUGAUUCUCAAGGGUCGCUUAGGUUCUAUGUUGUCGAAGUCGAUCGUGAUCUAGAACCAGUUUAUGAGGGGAUGAGAAUUGAACAGGAGGUGCACAAGAUUGAUAACAAAAUGAGUGAUGCUGUUGAGAAUGGCAAUGUCGGGAAAGGUGUAGAUGUUGAAAAGAGACCAAUUACCAUAGACGAUUGGAUUGUCCAGUUUGCAAGGUUGUUCAAGAACCAUGUUGGCUUUGAUUCUGAUUCAUACUUGGAUCUUCAUGAACUUGGUAUGAAAUUAUAUUCAGAGGCAAUGGAGGACACUGUGACAAGUGAAGAAGCACAGGAAAUUUUUGAUAUUGCUGCGGAUAAGUUCCAAGAGAUGGCAGCUUUGGCUUUGUUUAAUUGGGGAAAUGUUCAUAUGUCCAAGGCAAGGAAGCGGGUAUUCUUUUCUGAAGAUGGUUCAAGGGAGUCUAUGCUUGCACAGGUUAAGAAUGGAUACGAGUGGGCAAAGAAAGAAUAUGACAAGGCAGGAAGAAGGUACCAAGAAGCUUUAAAUAUUAAACCAGACUUCUAUGAAGGCUUUCUUGCACUUGGGCAACAGCAGUUUGAUGAAGCCAAGCUUUGUUGGUAUCAUGCUAUUGGAAGCAAGCUGGAACUAGAAAAAGGGCCGUCUGAGGAGGUCCUUGUUCUUUAUAACAAGGCUGAGGACUGCAUGGAGAAAGGUAUGCAGAUGUGGGAAGAGAUGCAGGAGCAGCAUCUGAACGGGCUUUCCAAAUUUGACAAAUACAAAGACCAGCUGCAGAAAUUUGGGUUGGAUGGGCUAUUGAAAGAUGUAUCUGCUGAAGAAGCAGCAGAGCAGGCAGCAAAUAUGGCUUCUCAAAUAUACCUCUUAUGGGGUACCAUGCUCUAUGAGCGCUCUGUUGUGGAAUAUAAGCUAGAGCUACCAACUUGGGAAGAAUGUUUGGAGGUUGCAGUUGAGAAGUUUGAACUUGCCGGUGCUUCUCCGACAGAUAUAGCUGUCAUGAUAAAGAACCAUUGUUCCAAUGAAACUGCUCUUGAAGGAUUGGGAUUCAAAAUUUAUGAGAUUGUACAGGCAUGGAAUGAGAUGUAUGACGUUAAAAGGUGGGAGACUGGUAUUCCAUCUUUCAGGCUGGAGCCAUUGUUUCGUCGGCGGGUUCCAAAACUUCAUUAUAUGUUGGAGAACGUUUGAUUUUUUGUUGCUGAUGAUUGAGCAUUCUUUAGGAGUUUUGGCAAUGCUUCCGCAUUCAGUAGUUCUUCUUUCCAAAUGCUAUGUUUCUACCAAGUAAGAUAGGUUAAUUUUUCUUAUGAAUUGUUUUGCGUCCUGAGUUUGUUGUUUGCUUUGGAGGUGAAGAACAGAAGUUCCUCUCGUGUCUGUUUUGGGAUGAGACCGAGUUAGUGAUUGGAUUUUCAAGGUUUAUGCAAAAAGGAGUCGUCGAGCUGGUUGUAUUAUACUCAUGAUAUUAAUAGUUUUUUUUUCCCCUCUUCCAUAUUAUAGUUGCUGUAAUUCACAAGUUGAUAUAGUGGUAUAUGAUUGAUUUGUUCAUACCAGAGAAUAAGUGGUAAAACAGAAGGUUUGUUAUUCAUGCUGGCUUGUCGCCUGUUACAGAUUUAGGUUGUCAUUUUGUAACAAUUUGUUGGAUUUGUACGAAAUAAAGGAGUGUUUUUCCAGUUUCUCA